CCACUGACUGCUGCGGUCUCGCGGCGUUUGGAGAUCCUGCACGCGCGCUGUACGGAUGCUGAAGCUUCGGCGCUGCUGCAAACGGCACACGGAAUCAACAUGUCCAACCCUCCGCACGACCCCUUCUACUCGUCCCCUUUCGGACCUUUUUACCGGAGACAUUCACCGUACAUGGUGCAGCCCGAGUACAGAAUCUACGAGAUGAACAAGCGACUCCAGUCCCGGACAGAGGAGAGUGACAGUCUGUGGUGGGAUGCGUUUGCUACAGAGUUCUUUGAGGAAGAUGCUACAUUGACCCUCUCCUUCUGCUUGGAGGAUGGACCAAAAAGAUACACAAUCGGCCGGACCCUCAUCCCUCGUUACUUCAGCACAGUAUUUGAGGGUGGCGUGACGGAUCUUUACUACAUCCUGAAACACUCCAAAGAGUCUUUCCACAACUCCUGCAUCACUGUGGACUGCGAUCAGUGCACAAUGGUCACGCAGCACGGAAAACCCAUGUUCACCAAGGUGUGUACAGAGGGCCGGCUGAUUCUAGAGUUUGCCUUCGACGAUCUGAUGAGGAUCAAGACGUGGCACUUCAACAUCAGACAGUAUCGGGAACUAAUCCCGCGGAGCAUUCUCGCCAUGCACGCGCAAGAUCCUGGAGUCCUGGAGCAGCUCUCCAAAAACAUCACCCGUAUGGGACUGACCAACUUCACCCUCAACUACCUCAGGCUGUGUGUCAUUCUGGAGCCCAUGCAGGAGCUCAUGUCUCGACACAAGACCUACAACCUCAGUCCCAGAGACUGUCUGAAAACCUGCCUGUUCCAGAAGUGGCAGAGAAUGGUGGCUCCUCCAGCUGGACACCCGCAGAACUUCAAAACCGAAAUAUUCCCCACAAAUCACAAAAAAGAGCCCACUCGACAGACCACAACCAAGAGAAGAAAGAGGAAGAACUCUGCCAGCAGUGCGUCUAACAGUAGCCUUGGCAACAGCGCCGGCGGCAAGAAACGCAGCCCUGCCAACAACUUCAGUCUGGCCAGCCAGGUACCUGAUGUGAUGGUGGUCGGUGAACCCACUCUGAUGGGUGGCGAGUUUGGCGAUGAAGACGAGCGUCUGAUCACACGGCUAGAAAACACACAAUACGACGCCACCAACGGCCUGGACGAUGAUGAUGACUUCACGAGCUCGCCGGCGCUCGCCAACAACAGUCCCUGGAACAGCAAACCACCUACAGGACAAGACAGCAAGCCAGAGAGCACAGCCUCACAGCCCUCGCAGUAGGAGACAAACACAAUGCCUCGGACCUCACUUUAUACCCUCCAUCAUCUACAACCACAAUUCCAGAAAAACUAUACUAAAAGAUAUGAUAUGUUAAUUCUCUUUUUACUAUGGAGCUGUUGAACGCUUGAUUCUGAUUGGUUGAUGAACAAUUAUUUUUAGAUAAACACUCUUGACCCAGAAAAUGAAAUUGUGUCAUCGUGUAGUACAGUAAUAAAUGACAGGUCAUUACUGUACUUUCACUUGUUUCAAACCUUUGUGAGUUUCUUUCUUCUGUUAAACACAAAAGAAGAUAUUUUGAAGAAUGCUGGAAAACCUGACUUCCAUAGUAUUUGUUUUCCCUAUUAUAGAAGUCAAUGGUUACCAGUUUUCAGCUUUCUUCACAAUAUCUUCUUUGGUGCUUAACAGAAGAAAGAAAUUCAUAAAGGUUUGUAACCACUAGACGGAGAGUAAAUAGUGGGUGCAAUUUAAUUCUGGGGUGAACUAUCCCUUAAAGGCCUUUUCACACCAAGCAGGAUAAGACCAGACCACAGGAGUUCAGACCACAGUUAUAAUGAUAAAGAUGUAGAGAAGCAAUAUUGUUGGGGUCACUUUCAGACGAUUUUUGUUCAGCUAAUAAACAAUAAAACACUGACAAUUGGUCAGAAACCAUUGAAAUAUAAAGGGCUUGUGCAAUUCAAAGCUACAGACGACAUUCUGGAGAAGCUCUGCUUGAUGUUAAGUCCUCUUUUCAUUAUUUAAAGAUAAUGUGUGUGAAUGAGAGUGUAUGGGUGUUUCCCAGUACUGGGUUGCGGCUGGAAGGGCAUCCGCUGCGUAAAACAUAUGCUGGAAUAGUUGGCAGUUCAUUCUGCUGUGGCGACCCCUGAUAAAUAAGGGACUAAGCCAAAGGAAAAUUAAUGAAUGAAUAAUGACUAUCUUAGAAACAAUUGGUUAUACCAUGGGAAAAAAGAGAAAAUAGAUAGUAAUAAAAAAGUACCUCAUAUGUCCUAAUUUUGGCAUUUUUGGGUUGACUGCUUUGAAAAUGCUAGGGGAAAAAACUGGUGUUGUUUUUAUUCCACUACACUGACUAUGAUUGCUAAAUUCACUGUUUGAUUAGAUUGAUUACACGAGCUGAAUUCACUGGUCAGAUGCGCUUGUAGCACACUGAAGACACCUGCUGGUUAAAAGGAGGUAAUGCAAAAAUAGCAUAAACUAAAAAUUAUAAUUGUAUAUGUGAAUGCAAUUAUGUUUAUUGUUAUAUUUACAGUUAUUGUGCUUGGUGUUAACGGCUCUGAUCUUAGUUAUUUCAAUUGACUUCACAGCCUACAACAGUGAAAGCUUUAGGUGUGAUAGCCAAG